CAGAGGUGAGAAAAUUGCAUUCAAAUGCCAUAAAAGCUUUAAUUGCAAUAUUUUUUAUUUAGGGAUGUUCAGGGAUUAAUUUCAGUUAAUAAUUUAACCAAUUAAAAAACUGUAUUAACUAAUAAUGCAGAAAAAUGUGUAGAUAUUUACAGUCACUCUUUUAAUGAAGGAACAAUAUGCCCAUCGUACAUAAUGAUUAAUUGAUUCACAUGGCCUCUUUUAAUCAAGAAAAUCACUUAAAAUUUGCAUCCCUAAUGUUGUUAUCAUCGUACUAUAAAGGCAACCAAAGAAUUACUAAACUUUACUGUCUAGAUAAAUAGGAAAUAAUUAGGCCCAUUGUUAAAAAAAAUUCAAUUUGAGUUUUUUUAGGGUGUUGAAGCUGUUAAUUAGAGUCUCCUGUAUUUCACACACUGCUUAUAUGUGUCAAAGUUAGAGACCAGAUUUUAUUUUGAAAUGUGUAUCUCUCAAUAUCCGGUUCUGUUGUCAUGGUUUCGCUUGACAGCCGCCUCCUUCCUUUUCUCCUCGUUGGCAACAUUUUAAUCCUAGGAUGUUGAAGUCACGACCCGCCCUCCCCUGCCUUCGAUUGGCUAUAUGACGUCAACGUCGUAGGUUCGGAUUGGUUACGUGUCGGCUUACAACGUCACGUUAAGCCAAUCAGAGGCGGAGUAGGGGCGGGUCAAGACUUUGCCAUCCUAGGAUAAUACAAUAUCGAUCCUAUCCGUGUGUGUCGGGAUCCAUUGAGCAGCCUGAGCCGGGCCAAACGGGGUUUGGUUAGUCUUUCCCCCUUCACAGACACCCUUCGGUUUGACUUGGUUAUAUCGGGUUUUUUCCCCCACCGUUAUACAACCGGGUCCGGUAAAUUCACGGUGCGUUUAAAGCCGUAAGCCGCGUCUCGUUGGAUCUGACUUGAGUGAGGCGUUUGAGGACCGACGGACAAACGAGCUCCGGGGCCGGUGGUGGAGUGAGGAGAGAGUACCGCAGCCUGCAGCCUUGCGUCAAAGCCAGCUAAAAGCUAAAACUCUGUAGUCGGACCAGUCAGCAAAGACUGGGGGGGUUACGGGACACGUUACCUCGGCAGCAAGCCAGCCAGCCAGGCGGCCAAGCAAGCAGGCAGGUUAUUUUUGGCACAGCUGGGUACACAUGCUCUGCUUUAGUCGUGUGCAACAUCUGUGCCAAAAAAAAAAAAAAGUCUUUAUAACAUUACCACAUUUAAAAUAAAAUAAAAAGCAAAGAUAAAGCAAGGACAGUUUUAUUAUUGCGUAACAUCUUGUUAAAUUAAAAUAUAAAUCUAAGGGUGGAAAGGGAAGGACUCAUUGCUUUAACACAUAUGAGGCCUGUUUAAAAUAAAAAGGGGGAGAAAAAAAAUGGACCUUAAUUUUUACUCUGAUCUCACGGAUGGUACCGGGCAGCACGAUGGUGAUCCAGAGUUUUUGGAUCCGCAGUCUUUUAAUGGAUUUGACCAUGACAACAAGUUCCCUGGAGGCAGUGACAACUACCUGACGAUAUCUGGGUCCGGCCAUCCCUUCCUCUCCUCUUCAGAGUGUGCCACUAAACCCAUUGACCUCUUCAACCUCGCUGGAUCCGCUGGUGGAACCUUCCACACUCCGAGCCUCGGCGAUGAGGAGUUCGAGAUCCCCCCCAUCUCUCUGGACCCCGACUCGGCGCUCACCGUGUCCGAUGUGGUUUCCCAUUUCGGGGAGCUGUCGGACACGGGCCCCUCGGACAGCGUGGUGGUGCCCAGGAACGCCGUGGUGGAAGGGGACGACCCUUCUUUCGCCUCCACUUUCGUCAACACCCCCUCGCAGGGACUGGAGCACCUGAGUUUAGGGGUUAUCAACCAGUCUGGAGGGAGCGCUCUGUUGGGGUCCUCACUGGGAAUGGAUCUCGGCCAUCCCAUCGGCUCCCAGUUCAGCAGCUCGUCCCCGGUGACCAUCGACGUCCCGCUGGGCGACAUGAGCCAGAGCCUGCUGGGGUCCAACCAGCUGACCACUAUCGACCAAUCGGAGCUCAACGCUCAGCUGGGGCUCGGCUUAGGAGGCGGGAACAUACUACAGCACCCGCAGUCGCCUGACAACCCGAUGUCAGCCACGGCGUCGCCCACCAGCUCGCUCCAGGACGACGACAUGGACGACUUCAGAAGGAGCGUCCUGGUGGAGUCUCCGGUCUCUCUGUCCGUCUCUCCCGGAGUCAUCUCCCUCGAUCCCUCGAUGUCCGAGUCUUCGCUCUCCGCCCCUUCCUCCAGCGUGUCUCCGGUCGUCGGUCGGAAAGGAGGAGCUGGAGGGAAGAAGGGGAAGAAGAAGAAAGACCCCAACGAGCCUCAGAAACCUGUGUCGGCCUACGCUUUGUUCUUCAGGGACACGCAGGCGGCGAUUAAGGGACAGAACCCCAACGCGACGUUCGGAGAGGUUUCAAAGAUCGUGGCAUCCAUGUGGGACAGUCUGGGGGAGGAGCAGAAACAGGUCUAUAAGAGGAAAAACGAAGCAGCGAAGAAGGAUUACUUGAAAGCGCUGGCAGAGUACAGAGCCGGCCAGUCUUCUCAGGCCCCCAUCGAGGUGAUGGACACAUCUCCGUCGCCUCCUCCUCCGGCCCCGUCUCUUUCCAUGGCCGCCAUGUCUGCCUCGACCCCGGCGGGCCGCGCCACCCGCUCCCAGCAUUACAACCCCGAGGAGAACACCAUCACCAACAUCUGCACCUCAAACAUCAUCCUCGACCUCCCUCAGGUCACCACGCGCUCCCGCACAGGCGCCAUCAAACCCCAACCUCCGCCCAUCGCCCUUCCUCCCAACCCCCCCACCGUCACCAAGAUCAUCAUCAAGCAGACGCCGCUGCCCUCCGGCGGCAUGUCGGUCACGGCGACGACCGCCUCGUCGCCAAGACAACCGCCUCCGCUGCAGCAGAUGCAGAGCACCCCGCCUCCGCCGCGGCUGCAGCAGAUGGUGCACGCUCAGGCCCCUCCCCCGCUGCAGGCCAAGCCUCGAGGCGCGGGCAUGGCCGCCGCCUCCACGGCCCCGCCGCCGCUGCAGAUCAAGGUGGUCCCGUCGUUGCGGCAAUCGGACUCCAGCACGCCGAUCAUCGUGACGUCGGGCGGCGACACGCCCACGUCAGUGUCCUCGUCGGGUCUGACAGUGGAGGUGGCACAGUCCGCUGCCAUGGUUACGGGAGGAGAAGAAGUGGCGGAGGCAGAGGAAGGGAUGGAGGUAGAGGUGAACGUCGCCCCCGGCCCGAGCUUGACCCCGUCUGCCAGCCCCAACAUUUGCGUGCGCGCCGGCUGCACCAACGCGGCCGUGGAGAGUAAAGACUGGGACAAAGAGUACUGUAGCAACGAGUGUGUCGCCACGCACUGCAGGGAUGUGUUCAUGGCCUGGUGCUCCAUCCGAGGGCAGAACUCCACCACAGUCUCAUAGGGGAAGGACAUAUCUGACGGAGGACUGCUACACAAGAAAGAAAGAAAGAAAGAGAAAAGGACCCAAUGACACAUGAAAUGCAAAUGAACAUAAGAGCGACUGAAUGGAUGAAAUAAAUGAGUGCAUGAGUGAGUGGCAGCCAGAUCAGGCUCAGGUAUAUCGGCCUAUAAUUGUUUAAUCAUGUCACAUCGAGGUGGAGGACGGAAGGCCGGGGGGGCAAAAAGUCGAGACAGUCACUUUAAAUACACUUUUCUGUGAUCGACACCUUCGCCUCUCUCGUUGCUCCUACCCUCCGCAGAAUUAAAAAAAAAAAGCCACGACGACUCGAGAAUCAAGAGGAGGCGGUGGAACAACGGCUCGAGACACGACGGAGAUAAUAGACGAAUAAUAAUGAAAACUGGAGAAGAAGAAAAAAAGCACAGGAGGAGAAAAACUUAUAAAAGACUCCAGACUUUACCUCACAGAGAGAAAGGAGGAGCAGGGGGAGAUAUUGAUCAUCUAUAAUGAAUUUAAAAGCUUUUUUUAUUAUUAUGCACAUACGGUGUUUUUAAUUGAUUAAUUUUGAAAAAAAAAAAAAAAGAUGGAAGAAAUGCAGGAAGGGAAAUCAUGAUCAUUACAGGUGUGUUUUUUGUUUAACUCAUUCAUUUCAAAAAAGAGAAGAAAGAAAGAAAGAGCGACUUCAUGGGUUUAAAUGCGCUUUCCCCUCCUUUACUGUUACAUUAAGGAUUAUAAUUGAUUUAAAUGGGAUCUGAGAUUAUUUUUGGGAGGAAAAAUGAAGAGUAAUAUAUUUAUGUGUGUGAGUGCUUCAGCUUUGAAGGCACAGUCACGACUAUUUUGGGAGAUUUGGCUCGAGCACAAACAUACUUUAAUCUAGAAAGAAAGAAAAUGGAAAAAUGUUGCUUGUUAAGUCGCUUCAUAAAGUAACUCGUCAUAAUUAGCAUUAUUAUUAUUAUACAAGUUUUUACUCCAAAACAACAAACAACAGGUGCUAAUAUUCAGGAAAAAAGAAAAGGUAAUAGCUCUGCUUAAGAAAAAAAAAGUCCCGCAAUUUAAGAGGUUUUAAAAAUGUGUGGUGUGUUUUUUCUUUUUGUUUAACGACGAAUAUUUGUGGUUAAAAAUUAAAACAAAA